AUGACCCUUGCUCUGGCGCAAAGUAUGAUCGAUACUGACGGGUAUGACCAUGCUACCUCGGUUGGAUACUUUCUCGAUUGGUUAGAUACUGGUCGCUUCAGCUCAGCCGACAAAUCAUUUGAUUGGGGAGGAACGACGCGCUUAUCGUUACGUUACUGGAGGACCGACAUCGCCAAAAUUGGAGAGAGAAAACAGCUCGAAAAAACACAACAGACUGUCAGGAAAAUUGCACGCCGCGUUGCAGGAGUGCAGAGUGAAGUUACUCAUCCUAUGCGCUCAUGUAUGGAGGCUUGCCAGCUUUACACGGAUCUUAUGACUGGAGUUAUGCUUGGCGAGUCAAAGGAGCAGCUCUUUGAGAGGGUUAAGAGUUUUGAAUUCAUUAAUCCUAACCCGCAACUUGCUAAUCGUAUAAGGAAGUAUAAAACCCUUCAGGAGUGGAAGGCAACAAAACCUGAGGAUAUCACCAGUACUGGAUUUGUGAUAGAUACGUUGGAAUGUGUGCUGUGGGGAUUCUUCAGGUAUAAUGGCUUCGCCAAUGGUGCUAUAGCGGUAGUCAACCUGGCUGGCGACGCAGACAGUGUCGGUGCAAUCUAUGGGGCUCUUGCAGGUGCUUACUAUGGGGUUGAAUGUAUUCCAUCUAUUUGGACCUCCAAGAUGCAGAAACCUGAUCUUAUCGAACAGGUUGCCAAUCAGUUCGCAGAGAAGGUCGCUGCCAAUGCUUUCGCGUCUUCGUGA